UUAUUCAAUAUUCAAUUUAAAAUCACUUUCUGUAGUUUAAAAAAAAAGUAUUACAAGUAAAACAUUAGAAUAUGAAGGAGGACUGCAUGGAGGUUGCCCGGAUAUUACUAGCAAUAGGGUGCUUGUCCCCAUUAUUAAUAUAUUGUUCCCCUGAAUUCAUAAUGAAUAAUUACAUUAUGAAGAGAGUAAUUGUUACCUUAUGAAAUUACUUACUAGCCUACCUAACUAAGAUAAUAUGAAGGUAUCAUAUUUUUGUGCGUAUAAGUAACUUAUAUGUUAUAUAAAAUUUUCUGUUUUAAAUAUGUGUGGGAUUUGUAAAUAGAGUGCUGUAAUCCACCAGAAGAUUUCCAUAACAGUACAUACUACAAAAACAGCACUAGCAUAACAGACAAGAAUCAUCUAGCAUACUAUUUUGACAGAGACUGUAUGGUAACCUGGAAAUUAGUUCAAUGACAGCAUACCGUCUUAUGUUUCUAAAAAGAUGUAUAAGUAUUUUUUUUAUACAACUUAGAAUGGCAAACAAGCUGACGGCCCACCUGAUGGAAAGUGGUAACCGUCACUUACAGACAUUAGCAGUACCAUGGACAUAACAGAAUAUACUGUUUCGCCAAUGAUACCUCCAUGCAUUGCCAUUCCUGAGGACUCAGGUGUUAUUCCUCUGUACCCAGUAAAUUCACGCCAUAUCCCACCCUUCAAACCGAAAUACAGUUAUGCAAACACAACUGCUUCACGGUUGAAACACGAUUGGGACAGAGGUACCCAAGCAAUCUACUUUUAUACAAAGUCUCCUUCUGGUGAAGUAGUUUAGGUUUUAUAGACAGAUAUUGUUUUUUAAUAAUGGUGACUGUUUAUUAAAUGCCCUUUUUGUCAUUUUAUCAUCACUCAGAAAAACAUCCUACCUAUUGGUACUUGUAAGUGGGGUACCAGAAAGAAGUAAUAGAUGAGAAUGAAAUCUGAAGUCUGGUUAGUUGGCUCAUUGGAAUGAAUUCAUCAGAAAUUAAGUAUGAUAGUUUUUGAGGCGACUGUGUGGAAGCGAUCUGACAGAUAUAACACUAGCAAUAAAGAUACUAAACCCUAUUUAAUAAACCCCUCACUCAACAGAUACUCGCAAUGUGAUUACUUUCUCUGUGCAAAGUGCAAAUCUAUGUAGUCUGUUUCCGUUUUAUUUGAUAAAUAUUAUAUUUUUUUAAACUAGGAUUUGAUGUAUUAUAAGAAUAACAUCGGGCAUGAGAGAAAAACCUAGUAUAUCCAGACCCGAAUUAAAUUUGAAAAGUUUAUUUCCUACGAUAGCGUGCUUGAAUUGAACCCGAGACAUUUUUGGGCAAGAAACAAAAUGGUAGUCACUAUGCUGUAAUUAUCAAUAUUUAUUCUCAUCAAAUCUUUUUUAUGGGUGAAAAUGGAAUGGUAACCCCGCCUGCGCUAACGGGAUACGCUGGCGGAGCACCAGUGAAGGGUAAUAGAUGAGAAUGAAAACAGGCCAAUUAGCCCAUCAUGAUGAAUUCAUCAUGAAUUAACCAUGAUAGUUUCUAGGGAGAACCGCGAGGAGGUCGAUGUGUUUGGGUAUAUUGCUAGCAAUGGGAUUUUCAGUCUCCAUUACUAACAAUCCCUUUCCCUCCCAUUAAAUCGAGUAGGACAUGGAUCGAUCAUAUCUAUACAAGUAUUCGAUAUUUCCGAAGCUUACUGUCAAAAUAAAAAAAAUACGUAUAUUUGCAGUAAUAGCAGCCAGGUCUGACACAUAUGUAUGUAUUAUUUGCAGUAAUUUUUAUUUUGCAAGAAAAAACACUAGCUAGCAAGUAACUAAGUACAAUAGGGUGGGUAAGUAGACCUUCAAUAAGUUAAAAUUCAAGUAACUCUAUUUUCUGUAGUGUCAACUCUGUUUGACUCUAACACAAGACAUCGUUAGUCAAAUCAAGAUCUAUUCAAAACUGUUCAGAACACCGACAUUUAUGCAAAUAUUUAUUAAUUUAUCCUUCACACUUUAAAAAUACUUUAACUACAUGAAGAUAUGGAUUCAAAUAUAUAAAUUCUUUCAAGAAUAUUUAGUAAAAUAAGAGUAAUAAAGUACUAAUAUUAAUUAUUAGUAGUAAUAUUACAGUGGGCUAAAAGGAAACAUCCAAAGCAGUAAAACUAUAUUAAAAAAAAUAUUUUACCCAAAUCUGUGUCACUUUUAAUAAAAAAAACUAUUGUAUAUCUAUGAUACCAAUUUAUUAUAUUUUUUAAAUUUAACACUAAAAUGGUUAGUUUUUUAUAAUACCUAUCGAUAUCAAUAUUUUGGGUAGAAGUUAUUAUAAAUAUUUUUAUGUAAUAACAACCGGAUUAACUUACGUAUAUUUUAGCUGAGAAAGCUAAUAAGACUUAAUAGAAAAUUAAGUAUACCUUUAUUUUAAUGUAUCGAUGCUUCUAGGUGGUUACAUAGAUAUAUUUUCCAGUAAUUCGGGUUUCAUUAAUUUCAUAGCAGUGCCGACUUUUAGUUAACGCAAUGAUUCUGUACCUGAUUUUGGCAAUUUGUUUUGUUUGUGUUUUUUUAGUCAUGUCUUGAUUAAUACAAAAUAAUUCACAAACUAAACUUAUUAUUCCAAUUUUUCUAAAUAUAAGUUAUGACUAUAGCAUUUAAAAAUGUAGAAAUAUUUAAUAAUGAUCAUAAACAAUAAUUCAUUGUAUUUUGUUAAAAUAAACAGAAAAUGUCGAUAAUAUUCACAAAUAAAAGCAAAAUCAUUACAGAAAUGAUGAAGUUUUCCUUUCACCACCGAGCAUUCUACUGUUACCUUGGCAUGAGCAUUUGGAUAUUCUUCCUUAUUACUGUAAUGUAUAAAUACAUGUCUGCUGGUGAGGAAGCUGUGAUUGUUAAGAAAGUAAUUCAAAAUGAGUACAUAUCAAAAAGUGAUUCCAAAUUCCGUAAACUGUAUCUUAGAGUUUGUACUCCACCUGACAGCAUUGUAAGGGGCUCUGAAGGUGUUGUGGACAGUGAUACUUGGCUUCUGCAGGGUAUACUAGUGGUCACUAGACAUGGUGACAGAGGGCCUCUGACACAUCUCAAGGGUGGUGACAAGUUGCCAUGUGAUACAUCUCCUGUUUCACUAUUACUUAAAAGCUACGAGCAGUUCGUGUGGAACGCGAGUACGAUGGGCCGCGCGUGGUGGGUGGCGGGCGCGGGUCCGUUCCACAACUUCCCGUCGCUGCCGGCGCGCCACCGCGCCACCCGCUGCGCUCUCGGCCAACUUACGCCGCGCGGCCUGCUGCAGAUGCUCACCGUCGGUAAUAUACUGAAGGAAGCAUACAGUGAAAAAUUGGAUCUUCGUAAUUUGGAUUCGCCAGGGAAAAAAGAUUCAGGGCGCGCGGUGUGGUACAGCACGCGAUACCGGCGUACGUUCCAGUCGCUAGUCGCUCUCGCGUACGGCACGUGGGGUGCGGAGGCGGAGGGCGGCGCGGGCGGGGGCACGGGGACAGGGCCAGGCCCGGGGACAGGGCCGGGCCCGGGGACAGGGCCGGGGCCAGGGACAGGGCCGGGCGCCUGGGCGGCGGCGGCGCGGGAGGCGCACAGCGUGGCUUUCUGUUUCCGCGACUGCGCCUGCGCCGCGCACCACCACCUCAACAAAAAAUUAAAGACCCAAUCAAAAGACCGUCUGGAUUCUCAUCCCGCUAUAAAGGAGCUAGUGACCAAACUGUCCAAAGUUCUAUUCGAAUCACAAGAACACACAGACGUGGACGUAGUCCGAGACGCUCUCCUCGCGUACAUGUGCCACGAUGCGCCCUUACCUUGUACAGAGGCACCGAACAAGACCCACAAGUCCAAACUCUUGAUUAAAGGCCACAAGAAACUCAGAGCGGACACCUUUCCACUUAGAAGCCUUCUCGACGUCGAUAUAGAUACACUAAACAUGGAACUAGAUUAUAUUAACAACCAGCUAGAUUUCAACAAUGAAAUAGGUCGAAAGGCGAGAGACAUAAUUGGCAAAUACUACGACAGUAAAGACAAGCAAAAGGCACCGCUAGACUUCGACGCGCAAAUGGAAAAAGAGAAGUUGCUGUACUACCAGCAAAGGUACAUAGACAAUGCUGAUACAUACGAUGACGUUGUCAUAGUGAAGAAAAACCUAGAUGCGGACUUCAACUUCCCAAAUGACGUAAGAAUGGAUACAGACUUUGACGAAGAUUACAGGGAACCGACGCCGGAGAGCACAGAGGAUUUUUGCAUCAAGAAAGAGCAUGUCAUGUCUUUGUUUGCAUAUCUUGAGUGGAGCUAUCGGCAGGAGAUCAAGAACGUUCACAACAGGAAGCGUGGGCUGCUCGUUGCUUACGGUUUGAUACAUAACAUUGUACAAAAUAUCAUAAGAAUGAUAUCGGAGAACAAACCGAAGUUUGUUUUGUAUUCGGGCCACGAUAAGACGUUGCAAGCCCUAAUUUUGGCUUUAGGUCUGAAUAAUUACCAACAUUACAAUAUUCAGUAUGCAUCUAGAAUGAUCUUCGAAGUGUACAGAAAGAAGGAUUUACGGGACGAGUUCAAGUUCACUAAGAGGAAGGCGGUCGCUCAAGACUUUUAUUUCCGUGUGAUAUACAACGGGGAAGAUGUAACGAAUAAGCUGAGUUUUUGUAGGUCGCGCCACAAUGUUGUCAUGAAAGUCGUGGAUCCUAUAGACGAUGUUAAGGUUUACAACACUUACCUGUGCUCUAUAGAAAACAUUGUUAGGUUCAUACACGAUGAUUAUUUUGUAGUUUUCAACGCGAGUAAUUAUAAAGAUGCGUGCGCCAGUUACGGGAGCGCGAAGCAUGUAGUAUGAAAUGGAGAUGCUUCAUUUAAUAGCAAAUUGAAAUGUUAUAAAAAUUACCAUGAAAUAUUUCCCACUAAUAUAAGAAUAAAUGAUACAUCGGAUACCAAUUAUCAAGUUACAUCUACCCGUGCAGCUUGUAUUGUAAUAAGAUCUCAUAUAUUUACAAAACAUUAUUUAUUGAAAUUACUUGGAAGUUAGGUAUGUUUGGCUUUAACUAUGAUCUAUUGAUAACAUUAAGGGAUAUUAGAAAUAACUGUACAUAUCGUAUUGUAUGUAAAUGUAUAAUUAAUCAUCACAUUAACACAAUAAAAAAAAAUAUUUUAUAUUAAUUUCAAUGCGCAAUUACUAUAACAAUAGUGGUAUAUCGUCGUAUAAAGUUAUAUUCGAUAAUAGUAUAUGUAAUAAAACCAAUCGGAUUUGCAAAAUCAUUUGCAAUCAGAUACAAUUCCAGUUUGAAAAGUAUUGAUUCAAAUAUUCAACACAAGAAACGACGUUGUUUGACCCGACAUUUUCGGAUCCCGAACUACAGAUCCUGGCAUCUGAAUUAGAGCAAUCAUUAUAAAUUUUUUAGUUAAAAUAAACGGUGAUUUUUAUGUUUUGUUUAUAUGAAAAUUAUAUAUUAUGAAAUAUUUAAUUAAAAACUAAGCCAUAUUAAAUUGCAUACAUGCAAUAACCAUACUUAUAUUACUGAUAUUAAUUUACAAUCAAUACUAUUUUAAUUGUAAUCAUAAGUAUGCCAUUAUUAUUUAUUAACAAUUGAGGCUGUUAAGAAUUUUUUUAUUUUAAUUUUACAAUUCUUGAUUUAGAUCUCGUUGCUUACCUCAAAUAUUAAUAAUUUAUUGAACAAUUCGUAACUUGGAUCUUAUUACUUAUAUGAAAUGUUAAUAAUUUAUUCGUAACUUAGAUCUCAAUACUUCUCUCAAAUAUUAAUUAAUUUACGAAAUGUCAAAUCGUUACAUUUCAUAAAUUAGAUCUCUUUACUUAUAUCAAUUAACACGUUGGGCCCGGCGCCGGUCCCUGGGGACCGGCAGCGAACUUUCCGUGUGGCCAGCGUAAUAUACAUCUAAAAAACGUCUAAAAUAGCGCGACAAAGAAUUCUUUAUCUCAUUAGUACUAAAGUAAUCUAGGCGAUAGCAUACAACAUUGUAUCUCUCGCCGGCUGCCGGCUGAACGCAAAGGACAGCAAAUUCGGCGCCGGGCUCAACGUGUUAAUCAAAUAAUGUUAUUAAUAUAAUUAAUUUAUUGUAAUACCUAUUUUUAUUGUAAUAAUAAACAUGAGAUUAUAAUUUCUUGAGUAACAAGAGAGGCCCUUUCAUAUUUUUAAUUUUAAAAUUCGUGACUUAAACCUUAUCUUAAACUUUAAUAAUUUAUUUUACAAUAUGUAGCUUAUUUAUCUAAAAUGUUAAUAAUUAAUUGUUAAUUUAUAUUUAUUAAGAUCUCAGUGUUGUCCACCUACUAACUAGUAACUUUACAUAUCAUUUUAAUUUUUUUUUUUUUUUUUUUUUAUAUAAUUAGCACCUAAUUAUAAUAAUAUUGUUAUACAAA